AUGGAUCACCCAGACCAUCCGCCGUCGUCUGUGGGCAAGUAUCUCGCGACCCGUAUCACGUCGCUCAGGCCGCCCAUGCUGAAGGCCCCAAACCCCAUCCGCCUCAUCCGCCAGCUCAAUCGCCGCCACUGGGCCUUCUUCUUUGUUGCCUUCUGGGCCUGGACCUGGGAUGCCUUUGACUUCUUCACCGUGUCCCUCACCACUGCGGACCUCGCCAAGGCAUUUGGCCGCACGACAACCGACAUUACCUGGGGUAUCACGCUUGUCCUCAUGUUCCGCUCCGUCGGCGCCGUCCUUUUCGGUAUUGCCGCCGACCGCUACGGCCGCAAGUGGCCCUUUAUUGUCAACAACCUGCUCUUUAUUGCCCUCGAGCUUGGGACCGGCUUUUGCAACACCUACGAGCAGUUCCUUGCCUGCCGUGCCCUCUUCGGCGUGGCUAUGGGCGGCCUCUACGGCAAUGCGGCCGCUACUGCUCUUGAGGAUCUGCCCGAGGAGAGCCGUGGUGUCAUGAGCGGCAUGCUCCAGCAGGGCUACGCCUUUGGCUACCUGCUGGCAACGGCCUUUGCGCGUGGUCUAGUGAACACCACACCCCACGGGUGGCGCCCUCUGUUCUGGUUCGGUGCCUGUCCUCCCGCCAUUUUCAUCGUCUGGCGGUUCUUCCUCCCAGAGACGCAGACCUACCAGGACCACGUCAAGCUCCGCGGUGCUCGUGGCAAUGUCGGCAAGACCUUCAUCCAAGAGGGCAAGGUUGCCAUCCGAAAGCACUGGAUUCUAUUGACCUACAUGGUCCUCCUCAUGGCCGGCUUCAACUUCAUGUCCCACGGCAGCCAGGAUCUCUAUCCGACCAUGCUGCAAAACCAAUUCGGCUUCAACGCGAACCAAGUUACAGUAACCCAGGUCGUUGCUAAUUUGGGUGCCAUGACGGGCGGCACAGUUGUUGGUUACUGCUCCCAAAUCUUCGGCCGCCGCCUCAGUAUCAUGGUCAUGUGCGUCAUCGGUGGUGCGCUACUGUACCCAUACACGUUUGUGCAGAAUGACCGCGUCAUCGCUGCGGCCUUCUUCGAGCAGUUUUGCGUGCAGGGUGCCUGGGGUGUGAUCCCAGUACAUCUCAUGGAACUUUCUCCUGGCGCGUUCCGCACGUUCGUUGUCGGCACCAGUUACCAGCUCGGAAAUCUGGUAUCUUCCGCCAGUUCUACUAUCGAGGCUACCAUCGGUUCACGGUUUCCUCUUCCGCCUGGAGCGAAUGGCGUGAGCCGGUAUGAUUACGGCAAGGUCAUCUGUAUCUUCAUGGCCUGCGUCUACGUCUACGUUCUGAUUAUGACAUUCCUCGGGCCCGAGUACCUCGCCCGCUCCUUCCACGCCGAGGACGACGCCGAUUUGGCCGAGGCAACUGGGCAUGAGCGCCUGCCUCGCGAUGGGGUUGCUGGUUCCGGCGAAUCGCGUGAUCCGUCCCGUGACAGCAAGGAUGCCGCAGCUGAGAAGGGCCAGUCCCGACACAGUGAGCUACCAUAA